UGUUUAUCGACCUGUCCUUGUCUCGCUUGUUUCUCCCUCAGUCUGGCUCCACACGACGUGGGUGAGUCUGGACAUGUCCGGGAACUACUCGUGCAUCGACGACAGAGGGCAGGACCGGUGGACUGCUGACCUUGUCACGACCAAGGCGUUGUGGCGUCGCUGUGUCGGGAAAAUGGCUCUCCUCGUCUCUCUCAGCCUGGCCUUAAGCCUUAUCGUGGGCUUUCUGGCCGUCUACGUGUGGCGGCGGUUCAGGACUGCGGUGCGGGCGUUCUUUCUCAACAUCCUGGCUCCUGAUUUCAGGAAGACAAAAAUGGAGGAUUACGGUAUUCAUGUAUUUGUUGGAUAUGCCGAUGAUGACUUCCGCUUCAUUCGCUUCGUCCUUCGCAGGUACCUGGAGGAAGAUCUGAACCUGAUCACUUACAUCCACCAGCGUGACCUGGGCGCGGGUUAUCUUGACCAACAGCUGCUGGACGCUAUCCAGGACAGCUGGAGACUGGUGUUGGUCUUGUCCGCCAACUUUCUCCGGAGAUACGAGAAGGCGCACCUCGUCAUGAAGAUGUGCACGUCUGCCGUGACCCCGGUGAACCCUGACCGCGUGCUGGUGUUGGUGGAGCAAGGUCAAGGCCGCCAUGUCCCCGACUACGUGCUGGCGGUGUUGGACGAGGAGAAGCUGGUCAGACUGCACAGCCUUAACGAGGAGCUGGGAUACGAGCAGAAACAACGCAUCAAACAUCUCAUUUUGUCGUAAACCGUACAGCGCAUCAAACUUCUCAUCUUGUCGUGAACGACAUAACACAUUGAAAUAUCAUCUUGUCGUGAACGACAUAGCACAUUGAAAUACCAUCGUGUUGUGAACGAUAUAGCACAUUGAAAUAUCAUCUUGUCGUGAACGACAUAGCACAUUGAAAUAUCAUCUUGUCGUGAACGACAUAGCACAUUGAAAUAUCAUCUUGUGAAUGACAUAGCACAUUGAAAUAUCACCUUGUCGUGAACAACAUAGCACAUUGAAAUAUCAUCUUGUGAACGACAUAGCACAUUGAAAUAUCAUCUUGUCGUGAACAACAUAACACAUUGAAAUAUCAUCUUGUGAACGACAUAGCACAUUGAAAUAUCAUCUUGUCGUGAACAACAUAGCACAUUGAAAUAUCAUCUUGUCGUGAACGACAUAGCACAUUGAAAUAUCAUCUUGUCGUGAACGAUACAUUGCUUUGAAUUUUAUCUCAGAUACGGCACUUCAAACAUCACAUGAAGUCCUGAACGCUUUUAUUUCACUUCUUGUUUGUUUUUUUGUUGUUUUUUUUAGUAAAGAGAAGCACAUCGACACAAUAAUGGUCACUUAGUGCUGGGAGUGUCGCGAGUGGCCAGCAAGUGCAACUAAUGCGGAAAUUGUGGCCAUCCUAGAGGAAAAUUCAGUGAUGGGUGAUGUUGUUGUCUUCACCGACGGAUCAGUGAGGCGUGGCCAGAAAUCUGGAUGGGCGUUCAGUGCUCGAGUUGAAGGUAGGAUAAUCAAAGAACAGUCUGGAGCUUACGAGUGCACUACGUCGAGCAUGGCAAUGGAGGUCAAGGCAAUAACAGAGGCGCUGGAAUGGAUCAGCAUGGAAGCGUAUAAACAUGCCCUGUUUUUUCACAGACUCGAUGAGCACCCUACAAAAAAUCAGGAGUGGGUGGCUCUACAGUGACUGGAGAGCUUCCAUUGCAAAUAGCCACCUCCUAAGAAUUACAU